AUGGCCUGGCAAAAAGCAUUGCUGCUGGCCAUACUUCUAGAAUCCAUUCGGGCCAUUCGAGAGAGCGUGGAGAUCAGUGAAGAGGUGAGACGUUCUGUCAGGCUACGAGCAGGGCAAAGCAACGAAUCGGCGCCAGAACAGGAUGUCGCUGAAAAUGAAGAUGACGAUGAGGAUGAGGAGGACGCCAAGGACGACAAGGGCGAGGAGGCCUCAAGCAAGAGGCUUUUGCCUGGUAAGAAGCACGGUGAAGCGAAGUGGAUGUACAAAACUGCAACUGAUGGCUUCCACGAUUUGGAUAAAGUGGUUGAGUCGAUUGACGCUGCUGCGGAUGAUGCCUCUACCAAAGCCAAGCGCGUGGAUUCAGACUACGCCAAAUAUCGCGGCCUCAUGCAUUCCACUGCUGUGACGCUGGAUGGCUUGAGCUUGGCUGGAGAGAAGUUCAAGAAAGAGGUGGUGGACUACUUUGCCAACGCAGAGACUGAUAAAUUCUCACCGCUGGCAAUGAGAGUACCAGAUCGGGAUUUCAUCCCCAAUGCAGAAGCGAUUGAGAAACUCCGUGUGGUAGAGGUGUCGGAACACCCUUGCAAAGAGCCGGUUGUCUUCUGCUGUGCGAAAGGAAUGGUUUGGUCAGAUGUCCGCCAGAGGACUUCCUUUGGCUGCGAAGCAUCGGAGGGAGGGUGCGGUGGCGGUCGGCUUGAGCUUCCCGCUGUGUCUCGCCUGGAAGGUACCAAGGAUCAGAGCGAGGAGAAGAAAGGACGCUGUGUGCCCAAGGAUUCGGCCCACUACUUUCGGAAGUCUUCCGAUUGGGAGGAUGAAAACCGGAUAGAGGAAUCCGAUCUUCUCAGCGACUUAGCUCUACUUCCUGAGGCUGAGAACAUCUUGGCUGAGAAGCUCUCUGCGGCCAACACUCCCAAGCACGCGUUGGUCCAAAACGUGUGCCGCAAUGAACUAUGGGUGGCUUUGCUGAACGCCGUUGAUGCCCAGCUUUGUGGAACCAAGGCUUCUACCACGGAGCCAGGGGAAGGAGAGGAUGAAGAUGAGGAAGGGGAAGCCAACAAAGCCAAGAGCUAA